AUGGCAGCUCCUGCAAACACUAGUAUUUGUAUCGAUGAAUUCCUACGAUCUUGUUCUGAACUAGUUCCAUGCCAAGGCCCUAACCAUGAUUGCCAUGAAUAUGAGGAUUGCUGCGUUCAUCAUCCUCGAUGCCAUGCUUUUCCUGUUUGUUAUCCAGUACCGAGUUUCAAUUCACAAUUCUGCCCAUCGAUAAUGAUACCCAAUAUUCCAGCAAAUGCCCAAUGGGAACCGAGUGGGAUAACGGUUGCUGGAGGUCAUGGGUCAGGUAGUGCCCUCAAUCAACUUUCGAGUCCUUACAGUCUCUUCGUUGAUAAUGAUCAAACAGUGAUCGUUGCUGACAAAAACAAUCAUCGUAUCAUCCAGUGGAAGAUAAAUGAUGCGAAUGGCCAAGUGAUUGCAGGUGGUAAUGGGCAAGGAAACCAGUCGAACCAAUUGCAUAGUCCCACCGAUGUGUUGAUUGAUAAACAGGCCAAUAGUCUCGUUAUUUGUGAUACAGGUAACAAACGAGUGAUAUUGUGGUCUCGUUCUAGAGGCGCAACUCAUGGAGAAAUCCUCGUCGACAAGAUUGCAUGUUUCGGAUUGUUUAUGGAUGAUAAAAGAUAUCUCUACAUUUCUGACACGGCAAAAAGUCAAGUCAGACGGUAUCAAAUGGAAGACAAGACUGGAACACUCAUUGCUGUUGAUAACCCCCUAAGCACAGAUUUUAAUCCACUCCAAAGCCCGAGCUAUAUAUUUGUCGAUGAACAAUAUGCUAUCUAUGUAUCGGACGACAAUCAUCAUGUGAUGAAAUGGAACAAAGAUGCAACAAAAGGUAGUGUCAUCGCCGGAGGUAAUGGAAGUGGAAAUGCUCUCACACAAUUGUCCCACGGCGAAGGACUCUUUGUCGAUAAGUUAGGUACCCUCUAUGUGGUAGACUAUGGAAAUCAUCGAGUGAUGCGCUGGACUAGAGGAGCGAAUCAGGGCAUAGUGAUUAUAGGUGGAAAAGGCUCCGGAAAAGCAGCGAAUCAACUCAACUCUCCGUUCGAUUUAUCUUUCGAUCAGUAUGGUAAUAUUUAUGUCGCCGAUUAUGGAAAUCAUCGUGUUCAACGAUUUUCUCUCGUAUAG